GCAGCAACCGGAGGAGUCACGUUGGGGGAACGGCAGAAGGCAGCUAUCCGUUUACACUACUUUGCUCUAGCAGCUAUCUUAAUGGUGACUGCGUGGCCUGGGGGAAACCUGAUCGGCCAGAUCCAGCCGAAACCGGGAGGGAGGGAGUGGGCUUUCCGGAGGGGGGAGGGGGAGGGAGACGAAGAAGGAGGAGUAAGAGAGGGGGAAAGAAAGAGGAAAAGAGUGCGAGGGAGUGAGGGAGGGAGGAAAAUAAACAACAAAAAAUGUCCUCUUCCUCCCCCACCGGGCAGAUUGCAAGUGCGGCGGACAUCAAGCAGGAGAAUGGGAUGGAAAGCGCCUCGGAAGGACAGGAGGCGCACCGAGAAGUGGCGGGGGGCGCGGCGGCAGGGCUGAGCCCCCCGGCUCCAGCUCCGUUCCCCCUGGAGCCGGGGGACGCCGCGGCUGCCUCCAGGGUAAGCCGGGAGGAAGGGGCAGCGGCGGCCGGAGCGGCAGAUCAGGUACAACUCCACUCGGAACUUCUGGGCAGGCACCAGCACGCAGCGGCUGCGCAGCCCCCGCUGGCCUUCUCCCCGGACCAUGUCGCCUGCGUGUGCGAAGCGUUGCAGCAGGGGGGCAACCUGGACCGCCUGGCCCGGUUCCUGUGGUCCCUGCCCCAGAGCGACCUGCUACGUGGCAACGAGAGCCUGCUGAAGGCGCGAGCGCUCGUGGCCUUCCACCAGGGCAUCUACCCCGAGUUGUACAGCAUCCUCGAGAGCCAUAGCUUCGAGUCGGCCAACCAUCCGCUGCUGCAGCAGCUCUGGUACAAGGCGCGCUACACCGAGGCCGAGCGAGCGCGCGGCCGGCCCCUGGGCGCCGUGGACAAGUACCGGCUGCGCAGGAAAUUCCCCUUGCCCCGCACCAUCUGGGACGGCGAGGAGACGGUGUAUUGUUUCAAGGAGAAGUCGCGCAACGCUCUCAAGGAGCUCUACAAGCAGAAUCGCUACCCCUCGCCCGCCGAGAAGCGGCACCUGGCCAAGAUCACUGGCCUCUCCCUCACCCAGGUCAGCAACUGGUUCAAGAACCGGCGGCAGCGCGACCGGAAUCCCUCCGAGACCCAGUCCAAAAGUGAAUCAGAUGGCAACCCCAGCACUGAAGACGAAUCCAGCAAGGGACACGAGGAUUUGUCUCCCCACCCACUUUCGGGUGCAUCUGAUGGCGUCACCAACCUCAGCCUUUCUAGCCACAUGGAGCCAGUAUAUAUGCAACAAAUUGGAAAUGCUAAGAUAUCCUUAAGCUCUUCUGGAGUUUUGUUGAAUGGAAGCUUGGUACCAGCGAGUACUUCACCUGUCUUCCUUAAUGGUAAUUCUUUUAUUCAGGGACACAGUGGAGUUAUCCUUAAUGGACUGAAUGUGGGGAACACACAGACUGUGUCGCUGAACCCACCAAAAAUGUCUUCAAACAUUGUGAGCAAUGGCAUAGCCAUGACAGACAUCCUGGGCUCUACCUCCCAGGAUGUGAAGGAAUUCAAAGUCCUCCAGAGUUCAGCUGUGAACUCAGCAGCCACCACCUCUUACAGCGCUAGUGCCCCCGUGUCAUUCCCAGGGCUGAUACCCUGCACUGAAGUGAAAAGAGAAGGCGUUCAGACAGUGGCCUCUCAGGAUGGCGGCUCUGUGGUGACUUUUACUACACCAGUGCAAAUUAACCAGUAUGGCAUUGUCCAGAUCCCUAAUUCGGGAGCAAACGGCCAGUUCCUUAAUGGGAGCAUUGGAUUCUCUCCACUGCAGCUGCCCCCUGUCUCAGUAGCAGCUUCACAAGGGAAUAUUUCAGUAAAUUCAAGCACUUCAGAUGGAAGCACAUUUACAAGCGAGUCUGCCACAGUCCAGCAUGGCAAACUUUUCCUGAGCCCUCUUGCCCCAAGUGCAGUGGUAUACACUGUUCCUAACUCAGGCCAGACUGUAGGAGCUGUGAAACAGGAAGGCUUAGAAAGAGGCCUGGUCUUUUCUCAGCUGAUGCCCGUCAAUCACAACGCACAAGUGAAUGCAAGCCUCUCUUCUGACAAUCUCUCUGGCAGUGGCCUCCACCCACUGGCCUCUUCCUUAGUGAAUGUGUCCCCGGCUCAUAGCUUUUCCCUGACUCCCCCUACACUACUAAAUCCCACUGAGCUAAACCCUGACAUUGCCGAGAGCCAGCCAAUGUCUGCACCUGUGGCCAGCAAAUCUACUGUGACAUCUGUUAGCAACACUAACUAUGCAACCCUUCAGAACUGUUCCCUUAUCACUGGUCAAGACCUACUGUCAGUCCCUAUGACUCAGGCUGCCUUGGGGGAAAUAGUUCCUACAGCUGAAGAGCAGGUGGGUCACGCCUCGCCAGCCGUUCACCAGGAUUUUGUCAGGGAACAGCGCUUGGUUCUGCCGUCGGUAGCUAACAUAAAGGAGAAUUUCUUACAAAACUCGGAGAACAAAGCAACAAACAACUUAAUGAUGUUGGACUCCAAAUCCAAGUAUGUUCUGGACGGCAUGGUAGAAACUGUCUGUGAAGACCUGGGAACGGACAAAAAAGAGCUGGCCAAGCUCCAGACUGUCCAGUUGGAUGAAGAUAUGCAAGACUUAUAAGCCUGAUUCACCACACAACACCCCUUUUCUCCAUUAUCAGCAGCAAAUCUUCUCUUUGUGAAGCCCUGAAGACAGAGAGCUCUUACUCGUUUAAAGGAAACCAGUCUACUUCGGAAGCACAUGCAUUUGGACUGAUCUGCAUGAAGAUCGUAGUCAAAUACACAGGAGUGGAACUGCAUUGCUGAGACCUUUCUGUUCACAUCACGGUUGCUCUUAAAUAGAUGGUGACAAGUGAACUGUAUCAAACCAUCAUAUAUCAUUUAGUCAGCAAUAUAAUUCUAAGGUCUAAAUGGAACAUGAUAGGAUUUUAAAUUUAAAAUGUAUUCGCCUAAACUUAGAAAAUUAAAUAAUAGCUAGAGGCUGUUGUUAGAAGCAAUGCAGUUGUUUGUUUGUUGUUUACUUUUACUCCAUGGGCAUUGAGAUGGUUGUGAAACAGUGGUACUCUAGACUAUCAUAAGGGUAUAUUUUUCAAAUUAAGUAGCUUAUGUGUGUGUUUGUGUGUACGUACACACAUUCAUCGUUUUCAGCAUUUUUUUUGGGAAAGGCUUGGUUUUAGUUCUCUACCUGUUUCUAAAUGUGAUUGUUAGUAGUUAAAUGUGGCAGAGAAAGUUUGAAACUCCACUAAACUCUGACACAACUUGGGUACGAAUGUAAAUAUGCCAGUUCUAUAAGCAAGAUUUGAGUAAGUACAGUGAAUUUUUAUUUAUAUCACGUAUGUCUCCCUUCAGGCUCUGUGAACUGAAAAGAAAAUUGUUUUCUUACUGUUUAAUUUAUAUUUAUUGUUUGAGCGGAAUUAGGACAUCUUUGUUUCCAACCAAGCUUUUUUUUUUUUUUUUUUUUUUGUGAUUUUUGUCAGUAGUCUAUUGAGGUCAAUGUUGACACUGAAACAGGAACUCUUAACCCCCAAAACUGGAAUUUUGGUACUUCUCAUCACAUCCCUCUUUCUUUAGCAGGUUUGCUUCAUUUAAAUAUGUUUUAUAUAGACUCCUAUGUGCCUUUUUACCUUGUGGCCUUUUUAUUACUAAUAAGGUACAGAAGUGUCAACAGAGUGUGGGUGGCUCUUUUGUACUGUCAAACAGGGUCACGUUUACUACCGCUUUAUGUGCGGCAGACGUAAGUUUCACUAAAUAUGUGUAAAGUUUGUCAUGCACGUGGAUAAACACUUAUUGGCGAUGCUUUAUCGUUAUAAUGAAAGUAAAAGAAUUAUCGAAGACCAUGAAACGGCAAUUCUUCGGGCUGUGAAAACUACUUGUUUUCUCUUGUUUUUGUUUUUGUUUUUGUUUUUCCCAAGGCAGGGUUUCUCUGAGUAACAGCCAGAGCUGUCCUGGAACUCACAGAGAUCUCCCUGCCUCUGCCUCCUACCUACUGAGACAAAAGGCAUGCACCACCACUACUCAUUUUCAAGUAAACAAAGGACAUGUAAAUUGUAGUGAACAAAAAUCCGUCCAGUUGAAACUCCAAUCUCAGUGUUUUUGAGUUGGUUGGUACACUAUGACACAGACUGUUGCCUGCCCUAUUUUGUCACGUCUCCAUUACUGGCAAAUCCUUUGGGUUUCUGUAGGAUAUUCUCUUGUAUGAUAAUGUUGUGGGCUGUGUUUAAAAGUGUUCGCAGGACUCCGCAUCCAAGAUGUAACUAUGCAAAUGCCUUCAUGUCGUUAGUCCAGGGCGUCUCUGAUUUCAGAAAGAAAGAAAGAAAGAAAGUGAUCGUUUCCAAGGUGACUUUCCGUCGUCAAGCAUAAAGACGGUAGAAGCACACACCUUGCUUUCUUUAAAAGGAGGAAAGGAGUGCUUGAUUUCUAACUAACAUGCUUAUCGGCUGGGGCCGUGAAAUAAGUCACCGGGUAUUUAUUUAGCAUUUGCUGUUCUUACAAAGGGAACUUUCAGCCUGGAUAAAGAGCCCUCUGAAGACUUCCGUGCCCAUCAUUCUGAUAAAGAACUUAAAUCCCAGUUUUUUUGUGAAACUGGUGAAUGUCCCUCAGUUGCUGAAACAACGUUAUGUGGCCAGAGGCUGUUUGUUUUGGGGCUACUCUUUUGUUUUAACAGAGCCAGUUGUUUGAGCAUCCGUCUUCCGCUCUGCCACUACUUACACAGCUGUGUUGGCCCCACGUCCUGCCCAGUCGUGUGCUGAUCAUAUUGCUGUGAUUAGUUACACAGGCCUUGUAGUGUAAUUUACAUACAUAAAAAAGAUAUUUUCCACUAGCUUGCUGCAGAUAUCAGGAGUCCAUUAUCUUCAAAUACCUGUCUGGCAAAGGAAGUGGGAAGUCAGCAAGUUAUAUGAGGGGUUUGUGUGUGUGUGUGUGUGUGUGUGUGUGUGUAGGCAAACUUACACACACAAAAAAGUAUCUUUUAUUCUUCCUCUUUUCUCCCUAUGAAAAAGAAAAGAUAGCACAAAACUAAGUACUUACCUAGGAAAUGUAUUCAUAUUCCCAAAGAAUGAACUUCUAACCCUGUAAUUUCUCCAGGUAGCUGUACAAUCCACCAAGAGUCAGUGCACAUUAUGAAUGAGAACGUACUGUUCUUUUCAGCAAAAUAAGGGCCAGUUGCUAUAUAGCUCGUGUAGAUGUGAAUGGGAAAAGGUAAACCCUGUGAUCUCAGUGCACAGAAGUGCAAAGACUUUUUUUUUCUUUCAACACCAAGGGUCAGCCUCAGAGCCCUUGGAGUUCGUGUGGCAGGAUAUCCUCCUUCCAUGAACCAAUGCUUGAAGAUGCCGCAAAUUACCCUCUAGUGAUUCCUGAAGAGGAAUCGGAAUAGAGGUAAAUAACUCCCUAGAAGCCCAACCCUGCUGCUGGCUGUGGGGUGGUUUUUUUUUUUUUGGUGUCAGCCUAUCUAUGCACUCUAGAGCCAGAAUUGGCAUUCAGCUCUUAGUUACAUCUAGUAGAGAGAAUGAUCUAGCAUUCAAAGGAGGUGCAUUCACCGCCCCCCCCCAACAAGCAAAAGCAUCUGUGUUGUACUAUGUAACUAUUCUCAUGUAUAUUUAUACUAAAGACUGACUUACACGUUUUCGGUGCCUUUCUUGUGUCGUGAAAGGCAAGUAGAGGUUGUAGCCAUAGAUUUUUUUUUUUUUAAGAAAACCCAUAGUUGAA